AUGAGAGAAAUCAUCAGUCUUCACGUCGGCCAGGCUGGUAUCCAGAUUGCCAACUCCUGCUGGGAACUGUAUUGCCUUGAGCAUGGCAUCCAACCUGAUGGCCGUAUCCCUGAGGAACAAGAUAUCAAGGAUCACUCUUUUGACACCUUCUUUAGCGAAACUAGCUCUGGUAAACACGUGCCACGUACUGUUUUCGCAGAUUUGGAACCUAGUGUUGUCGAUGAGGUACGCACCGGUACCUAUCGUGCACUUUACCACCCGGAGCAAUUGAUUACUGGCAAGGAGGAUGCCGCCAACAACUACGCACGUGGUCAUUAUACCGUGGGCAAGGAGCUUGUUGACACUGUCCUUGAUCGUGUUCGCAAGUUGGCUGAUAACUGCAAUGGAUUGCAAGGCUUUUUGGUCUUCCACUCGUUUGGUGGUGGUACCGGCUCUGGUUUUGGUGCCUUGUUGAUGGAGCGAUUGUCCGUGGAUUAUGGCAAGAAAUCCAAGCUUGAGUUCUCUGUAUACCCUGCUCCCCAAGUCUCCACUGCUGUCGUUGAGCCCUACAACUCCAUCCUCACCACCCACACCACCUUGGAGCAUUCUGAUUGUGCUUUCAUGGUUGACAACGAAGCCAUUUAUGACAUUUGCCGUCGUAACCUCGAUAUUGAACGCCCCACUUAUGCCAACCUUAACCGCUUGAUUGCUCAAGUCGUCUCCUCUAUCACUGCUUCCUUGCGUUUUGAUGGCUCACUCAAUGUGGAUUUGAACGAGUUCCAAACCAACUUGGUGCCUUAUCCUCGUAUUCAUUUCCCCUUGGUCACGUAUGCACCUAUCAUCUCUGCUGCUAAGGCUUACCACGAGCAAUUGUCUGUUCCUGAAAUCACUUACUCAUGCUUUGAACCCAACAACCAAAUGGUAAAGUGUGAUCCUCGUAACGGCAAGUACAUGGCUUGCUGCUUGCUUUAUCGUGGUGAUGUUGUUCCCAAGGACACCAAUGCUGCCAUUGCUUCUAUCAAGACGAAGCGUACCAUCCAAUUUGUCGAUUGGUGCCCUACCGGUUUCAAGGUCGGUAUCAACCAUCAGCCUCCUACUGUGGUCCCUGGUGGUGACCUUGCCAAGGUGCAACGUGCCAUUUGUAUGCUUAGCAACACCACUGCCAUUGCUGAAGCUUGGGCUCGUCUCGAUCACAAGUUUGAUUUGAUGUAUGCUAAGCGUGCCUUUGUUCACUGGUAUGUCGGUGAAGGUAUGGAAGAAGGUGAAUUCUCUGAAGCUCGUGAGGAUCUCGCUGCUCUCGAAAAGGAUUAUGAAGAAGUUGGCUCUGAUUCCCUUGGUGACUCUGAAAUCGAGGACGCUGAAGCCGAGUAUUAG